AUGGACACCCUGGAUCACUCGGACGAUGAGGAGGAGCAGGGCCGGUACGCCACCAGCAGCGGCAGGCCAGGCUCCAGGCGCGGCGCGCGGCGGCGGAAGCGGAGGUCCGGCGGCAGCCACCAGCACCUGCUGCUCAUGGACUGCGUCGGCGGCAGCGGCGGCGGCGGCGGCGGCGACAGGGACGGCGCGCUGGAGGACACCGUGCCGCUGCCGGACUACGAGCGCCUGUCCCAGUCCGCGCCCCUCCACGACGACGCUGACGACGACGCCAACAACCCGCCUCCGGCUCUGCUGGCUGUCGUGGAGGAGGAGGAGGAGCAGCGGCAGAAGGCGCGGGCGAAGCAGGGGGCGGCGUCCCCGCCACAGCCUCCGCCGCCGCCAGUGCCGCAGCAGCCGAAGCCGGCGGCGUGGAGGUUGAUCGAGUACGUGCGGUCAAGGAACAGGUUGGGCGGCGCAGCUGGGGUGGGGGCCGGUGCGUGCGGCGCCGGGUCUGACGGCGACUCCAGGAGCCCCGAGGACGGCGAGGAAGGGAAGAAGGACAAGAAGAGGAAGAAGAAGCGGUCGUCGUGGCUGCCGGACCCCGACCGCCGGUGGCCGGUGCAGGGCUUCUACUAG